CACACACUGCACGCGCGGAUCCACGCCCUCUAUCUCUCUGCUUGUGUUUAUAUUUCAUUCUGAGCCCGUAAAAGUGGUUCUAACCCGCGGAGCCGGCUCCAAAAGUGUCCCCCAGUGUUAUUUUGUGAGUCCCGCGGACGGCACCAAGUCAAACACAGAGGGGGGUCUGCUGUACGAGCUCGUAAAAGUUUAUUAACGACGGAAUUAGCUUCAGAGGAGAGAUGAGUGCUUCUGUUUUCCCACCCUCUCAUCUCCAAAACGUUAGGUUUCUGCACCAAUGAAGGGGAGGGAGAGACAGGAGGAGGAGGAGGACGGGGUAGUGGUGGUGGAGAAGGGGGUGUUUAACAGUCCUACAACCAUCUUCUGUCCCGUUUAUCCGCCAUAUAGGCCAGCUCGAUACUGCCGUGAACUAACUUCCUGCAUGUGGCUGUAGCUUGAACGGGAUUUCUGGGCUGAGCGGUCACUGCUGCUGUCCAUGCGUGAGCCUCUUCUCCCCCCUCCGUGGAUGGUGCGGAGUAAUAUCAUCUGGAGAGGCCGAGGCCGACAUUUUACCCCGGUCCGGAGGAGCAUUAACUCGGAGGGGACAUCCGAGGACACGCGUUAAGGCUGAGAAAUCGAGAGCUGCAGAGCUGCGACAUGUGAAAAGAGCUCACCCACUUGGCCUACUCACCUCUCAAUCUUAGACCGGAACUCAGUUGAGUUUUUCGCUGCUAAACUCACUCACACUCACGUUGGGACUGCGACCUGACAACCUCCUGCCUUGGGCAUGCCUCAGCCGGGUAUGAAUGGGAUGGAGCCUGCAUUUGGCGAGGCCUAUGGGGGGCACAGGGGUCUGAUGAGCCCCUACCCUCUGGCCAUGUCGCCACAGGGAGGCAGGACAGAGUACGACCAGAGUGUGCUCCUUAUGCUGGGCUCCCCAGCAUUGCCAAGGAAACGGCCCUUUGAGUUGCUAAGCGACCUGGUGGACGACGGAGGCUUUGGUGAAGACCUGCACCCAGAGCGCUGGGAUGUGUCCGCGCUGGAUGAGAUGGCUCGUUACACCAAACUGGGCCUCGGGGUCGGAGGGGAGCUGCUGCCCUGCUCCGAGGAGGCUGUGCUGAUGGGCUGCUGGGGGAGGAGUCGGGAAGAGCAGGAGGAAGAGGAUGAGGAGGAGGAGAGGAGGAGGAACAGACAUGCAGUCCCUCCUGGCACCCCGGAAGUCCAGAAAACUGCUUCAGGGAAGGAGGAAGAGGAGGAGGAAGGGUGUAUCUCUGUUGCCCGGACAACAGAGCUGUGCGUUUCAGGAAGAGUGACUGAAGGUGGACAGGAUGAGGGGGUGUCAAGGGAGCGGACGGUGGAGGUGUAUCAGGUGGCCCAAGAGGAAGAGGAAGCAGCAGCAGCUGCAGUAGGACUGGCUCUGGAGCACUGCAGUGAGGAGCACAACUACUCCCUGAGCCAGGGAGGGGAGCUGGGGGCAGGACCUGCUCACAACUCCCAGACAGAGGAGGUGCAGGUGGUGGAGAAUCAGCAGGAAGAGCAGGAUAGGGAGGACAGCCAGGCCGAGACCAAACUGAAGUUGGAGGAUGAGGAUGAGGAGCAGGACGAAGACGAGGAAGAAGAGGAGGAAGAGGGAGAGGAAGGAAUGGAGGAGACAGUGGUGGAAGCUGAAAUUUCGAGCUCCUCGGAAACUGAAUGUGAGGUGGAAGCAGAGCCAGCCAGGCAGCUGGGCGAGCGACCGUCGAAGCGUCGCUGUUUCUGGGAGUACAGACGUGCUCGGGAGUCAGCCACAAAGAAGAAACUUGGCGGUGACGUCCACUGGUCUCUGUCCUGGAGCUCCAGCACUCUUCCCAGCACGCUGUACCGCCGAGAGGGCAAAAAGGGGCGACGCAAAGCCCGGAAAACAGAUGCCAGCGACCUGACGCCGAACCCUCAGAAGCUCCACAACAUCGGGGAGCAGCUGCAGAAGCUCAACGCAGCGAUCGAUGGCAUGGGUCCGGUCAACGACCUGCCCGCUGUGGCCCGAGCCCGUUCACGCAAGGAGAAGAACAAGCUGGCCUCCAGGGCCUGCCGGCUGAAAAAGAAGGCCCAGCACGAAGCCAACAAGAUCAAGCUGUGGGGGCUCAAUCAGGAAUAUGAAAACCUGUUGGGAGCUCUGCUACGGAUUAAGGAAGUGAUUAGGCGGCGAGUGGAGAGCAGCGAGGAGGAGGACACGGACGAACGAGGGAUGACCCAACGGCUCGAAGACAUCCUCAGAGAGUCGAGUGGUCCCUUAGUUGCUGGGCGGACCAAAGACUUUGUGCAGAGGAUUUUGGCAGCCAGCGCAGGCGGUCAGAACCAACGCAAAGAGCCCCCACAGGACGGGGAUGAGGCAUCGGGGUAAAACCCCAAAACAGCAGUCCCUUUUCUCUCCGUACCCUCUUCUUCCAACCCCGCCCUCCCAGCACCACCAACUUGUCGAGACCAAGCUCCUCUACACCUCUUCUGCUCUCACGUCGUACACAUUUAAGCAAAGAGACGGCAAAGUGGAGAGGCUGGGAACCAAGAGGAGGUGAGGAAGAAGAGGAAGGAGUAGCCUAAACAAAGCGAUAGUAAAUUGCUACCUUGCUCCUGGUCCUCUCCUGUUGGUCCUCCAAACAGCAGCCGUCUUCACCGCUCUGUCUCUGCAGGCUGCACCACAACCACCAACAGGCCAGAGCUGCUGCUGCUGCUGCUGCUGCUGAUGUCUCUGUAUUCUGUGUUCUCUGUGUGCGUGCAUAAGUGUGUGCGUGUAACAUACUGUAUGAGCGUGUAUAGUGUUCCUCUCUCCCUCUCUGUGCUGUAUUUGUACCCCAUUGUGCCUAUGAAUAGACAUUGCACUGUUUUGUAGAUGGUCGUAGUUGUUGUCAGGGGGCCGUUAGUGAGCUGAGGGCGAGGGGGCAUUUGAGGAUAAGAGGAAGUUCUAAAAAUAAGGAAGUGGGAGGAGCCCAGGCACGGGAAACAAAGAAGAGGGUGUGUUUGUUUUGGUUUGGGGGUUUUUUUUGUUGUUGUUUUUUGUUUGGCUGGGCUCCUAUAGAAGCUCUACAUACCAUUUGAAUUGCACCAGCAUCUGAAAUGAGACCCAAUGCCAGACCAGUCAAUGGUAACUGAUUGAAAAGUCCUCGGAGCUUUAAUAGUCACCCAUCCCUCUCUGACACCCCCGUCACCCCAUCAAAAUGUAAGCAGAGAUCAAAAGAAAAAAAAAGAAAACAAACUGCACCUUAAUUUAAACUGACCAAAGAUAAGUGAUACUGCUGAACUACUCUGACACCUCUCACCACUUCAGAUGCUGCCAGCCAUUAACACACCAUCCUGUCCUGCUGAGAGAGGGGUGAAGUGACUGAUACACUUUUAAUUCUUGUCCUAUUUACCUGCAUGCAUCAUUCAAAGAUGGGCAUCACCUGAUAGACUUAGAUCCUUUUCACGUAAAUGCACUACCGUCACGGACCCGAGAGGCCGUGGUGUGGCAGACGGGACUUGACCAAACGCCUUGUCGAUUGGUUGGCCGUCUAGCUCUGCAGCCUGGUGCUCCUUUAGCUGAUCUGUGGUGGAUUUAUUUUUUACCCCAAAAAAGGGAAGUGUCCUCGAUGCCUGCCCCAAGCCCUCUCCUCAACCCCCUGACCUGAUUAUGUAGCGCAAUUUCCUGACUUGCAAUGACAAAUAGAGAAAAAAAAACACACACACACACUUGUAGAGCUAGAAAGCAAAUAAUUUGUUUUUGUUGAUUUGAUUUUGUUGUUAUUUGAUGAUGCCACAGCCCACAAAGUGGGCGUCAGUCUUGAGAGUUUUGAGAGAGAAAAAUCUGCCUUUUUAUUUUCUGUUUUUCUUUAUUUUUCUGUGGUCUCUGCUAAAGCUGGAGACCAACCUGUCCACACUCUGUAAAUGUUGUUGGACGCUAAAAAAAUUAAUUAAGACCUUUGAAUUGCACUGUGGUAAGAGCAACAAAGCACCUUUGAAGAGGGCUUCAAAUCCUCCAAAAGAGAGAGGAAAAAAAAGACUCUUGGCACCUUUUUCUAAAGACAGAUAUUGAUUGAGAGACUUGAGGGCACCAAGCGCUUUGCGACCAACUGCUGGUUUGGGCUUGUUUCAGUAUGGUGCUACUAUAUGAUGACAGAAAAGUCAUGCAAACACAUUUGGAGGCAUGAGGCAGUAACUGCUGACUGGGUUUUGGCCUGCAAGGACGUACUGUUGUAAUAGGCGGUUUGUUUGCAUAAUGACGCCUUUCUCAAGUGCCUGGAGCUUAAAGCCACAGGGACCUGUGUUAUUAAAACCUAUUACAAGGUAAAACUUAACUCGUGACUGCUGCGCCAAGCUUGGCAUCACUUGACUUUACUUAGAAGAAGAAGAAGGAAAAAAAUGCAGGCUCAUCUGGGGUCACCAAAAAAAAAAGGUGAAGCAGAAUGUUUUCCUUUUAAAUUAAGUCUAUACAUGGAAACCUACAUUGUUUUCACGUAUAUGUUGAAAUCUAUUUGUGGAAACAAUAGUGGGCACUGGUUUCUGUGAACAUCAUAUCUGGGAAAUAUACAUAGGGGAGCGGCUGUUCUCGGAGCAAUUCCCUUUUGUUUUUUAACCUUGACAAGCUCCCAUCUGGGCUGCAUUCCAAAGCUGCUGUUCUACACACUGCCCCCUUUCUAUGGAAAAAAAAUUGGAAAAACAAGACAUUUCCUGUCUCAUUCAGGAACGGAGCGGUUCAACUUAAACUCUUCACGUCGUGGAUGUCUUGCUUGUUGUCAUUUUUUUUAGAAGAGUGAGGGGCAGCUUAGCGUCGCUCCUGCUUUUAGUUUUCUGCUCUGUUCUGGGAAAUGUUGCUCAUGGUUGUAUAAAGCUGUACUGUAAACAGAGGAUUCCUGUCGCUCAGCUGGAAUGGCCUUCCUUGCUGGGGAACAGAGCAUCGAGGCUCUGGUGCCAAAGACGGUCUGAGAAUGAAAAGAUACCCGAUUCAGCUCUAAUGUCAAUGAGGCGUCCUCAACGUUACCACAGAAACCCGCUCAGGCUUUCAUGUGAUCAUCCGUGAAGAGACGCGUGAUCUCGGGGAAGGUCACUGAGUGUAGCUAAUGGUGUGCACUUCUACACCCAUAACCCCCCCCCCCCCAAAACUCACACUUUCUCCCGGGGGGCUGGGAAGCUGCUGAUGCUGCCAGCAGAGUCACGGGAUCGUGCGCUGGCAGCAGCUCGUGCAACAACAACAGAAAACAUGAGGAAAGAGCAGAGAAACAACUGUGCAGAUCGCCGAGCUUUAAAACGCUCUCACACCCAUCUGUCACAUCAGAGGAGGAGGAUGAGGUCUUUGUGUUUAAAGACUACACAAGUUUGUACAGAUAUUUUCCUUCGUUCAGAUCGCUGUUACGUAACACAGCGCACCAUCUGCUGUGUACAUUCAUCUAUAUGCCAAAAACUGCAAACAGUUGUAACACGGUGAAUUCCUGCCUCUGAUCCAAACAGAAAAACAGCCGGUUUUACACAAGCGGUGCGCUCAUCUAAGGGCCUUAACUGAUGCUGUAGCUUGUUGUAUUGUGGAAUAUCCCUUUAACUGUAAAGCUUUAAUAGGGAGUGGCCGGUCUUGGCAAGGCCACUUGUUUCUGUUUCUCACAUUCCUGAUUCAGUUCCUCUGUAGUGUUUCUGUUUGUGUGCACCUGGAAGGAGGAGAGAGAGAAAAGUGAACUGACCCAAAGAUGUCAGUCGUGUGGUCACUGUUCACUUUUUCACGGUCAGAACAGGGCGAGCCCGGCCCAGGCUCAGCCGCGGAUCUGCUGGGGUUUAACAAACAGCCCAGAACAAACAGUCUCGGCUUACAAUUUUGUCCACAUCCGACCUAAUAUAGACAAUGACUCUGCAGAAACUGGACGAUUCUUAUCUGACUGGCUUCCUCGUCGGGUGUCACCAUCUGCCAGACGCAGAGAGAAGUAAACAAUUGUGAAACUUGCCUGUUGCUCAUGUGCACGUGGGCUUUUUCUGAGAAAGUUCUGGAGAAAGGGGGAAGACGUUGAGUGCUCAGCAGUUUAGGGAAUGGUGACAGUUGAAAGUAAGGAGCUUCUGCAUAUGUGGUAUACAGAGAGGACACACAUCUGAGGCUGUUAAUGAUUGCUACCAGUGUGGAAAUUCCCACUGAAAACGUUACAGGGAGGUUUUAAUCUUUUCAUCCAUUUAUCUCAGCAGACUAAGUUUCACGUUUCAAAGCAGUAUCGUUGACUGUUGACAUUUUAAACGUUAGAGGUGCAUUAAAUGCUGGCACGGAAGUAUGGAUACGAAAAGAUGCAAUAUAACUGAGGCAGGUACUUAUUAGAACAACAACAAAAACCCCUCUGUGGGCUAAUAAAACAGUAAAAGGUCUGUAUCUCAUACACAGCUGUGCUGUGUGGAGAUGCUCUGCUUUUGAAAGACUUCCAGUGGAAUUUUGAACUGCAACCAAAACAUGAGAAAAUGAAUUAACAGUAAUUCUGGUCAUAAAGUGAUUUCACAACCGAGAUGACCAGACCGUCCCUUUUUCUGGCUGCUGUGAACAGGAUUUUAUUUCAUUGUAAGUUUGUCUGUUAUCUUCAGUAACUGUUUAAAAUCACGAGAUUAACCGAUUGUUUUCUUUUUUUACACUCUGACGUUUUUAUAGCUGCCUGAGGAAGAAGUUUUAACCUCUGUGUGUGCCAUGCUUGUAAAGUGUAGCUUAAAUCCUUGAAGCAGCAGUGUUAGGGUGAGAACAAUUAGAAGUGGUUGACCUUCCUAAGCUUACACAUGGCUGCAGUGGCUUUUUGGACCAGGCAUUCAGGCCCUGUGGACCCGCUGGGCUGAAUAGACUCAUCAGUAAGACUACACCGGUGGGACGCUGCUGACCUCCAAGUGCCCGUCCCCGCUCUGCUCCACUGCUCUCAUUGUUGGAAACACUCUGGCUUCUCCAGUUUCAAAGGCAGAGGAGGCCAGGGAAGCGGCACUUAGUCAGGGACCCUGAGUAGUUUAUCCGAACCCUUCUAAUCCACACCGUCACCUCCACCCUCUGCCACACUCUGAUAUCUUUCAAUCGCCCUGGUGGCCUGCGUCUCGAUGCCCCGCUUCCUUUAUUGCUGACCUGGAAACUUCCAUCUGGAAGGAGCCAGAUGGGGUCCAAGUGUCAGUUUCAACCUGCAGGUCCAUAUUACUUUUCUCCAUCAAUUAAAUUGAAGUGGAAGGAGCUAGAUGAGGCUUUGCCAGUCGGUGCCUCAUGUGUUAUCAUUGCAUUUAAAUCAGAGAGUGGAACAUCUGUUUUUAGAACAUCUGGCAGUGGUUGUUUAAGGACUCUGACUUUGUAUGAUUAACAAGGUCCUACUUGUGCACACCAUGUUCUGCCAAACCUAGAUUGCUUGCAAACUUAAUGAUAAAUUAUUGAACAUUUUAUUCAGACAGCAAGAUACCACAACUUCAAGGCUUUAGAGGAACUGCUUGGUGCUUUGGGAAAUACUGUUGCUAAAGGUUAAAUCGUACCUUAUGAGGUUAUGUGUGAGGCUUUGGUCUUGUGUUAAAGCAGCGGUUGCAAUGUCAUCUUAACUAAUUUGCUAAUCUUUUAUAUGUCUUUAUCAGAGUGGAAUUUGAACUCUCGCCAUUAACAUUUUGGCAGCAGCUCUGUUGUUCUUUUUGGAGCUGUAUUUAGGCUAGAGGGUGAAAGCACUGUACUGUCAGCUGAGGCCAGCAAACUAUAUCAAGAAACCGUUUGGUUACAGUACCCACAAAGAGAAUACUGUUAAUUAGGUAUAAGUGAUAAAAUAUUCAGAUUGCAGUCAUCAAAACUCAAACACAGACUUGUUGAAAGUCCACACAAGUUAGAAAGUCACAUUGUUUGUCAGAUAAUUCCGUUAAAAAAUCCUCAAAGGCACCACCUUUAAAGCCGGGACAUGCAGUUCAAGCUGAGGCUUAGCAGGAUUCAUAUGUCCAGCAGAAGCAGUGCGAUCGCUGUCCGCUGGCAGUCUGAGAAAGAAUCAUCUCCCUACACUGAGCUCCGUUUCCAGGUGGAGGACGUGUACAGUCUGGUACAACUGGGAGCUUCUCUUGCUUGUGCUGGUGUUGGUUCGUCAGCCAGCUGUGGAAAACAAAAGUUAGGCUUCCAAUGAGCUGAAGGGAAACCAAAUGUUAAAAGCAAGAGAAAGUGUCACUGUGCUUUUCAUGCUGUAGUUUUUGGAUCUUAGACACGUACAUCAUCCACUUCUGCCGAUGUGCUGUCAGGAUCUUGGAGGACACCAAAGGAGUGUGUUUGGAGUUGGUGAACCCCGUUUAUGCAGACAGACACAGUUAAACAGCUUCUGCUUUAGGAAACAGUCAUUGCCUAGAGCUGCCUGUGUCUGCACCUGUCAGUCAAACUGGCCAUGGCCAGAAAUCCAAAUGGGUGAAUUGUAGUUGCCGUAAAGUGGGAAAUUAGCUGUAAAGACCAAAACUAUAUAUUGUACCAGGCUGUAAUCAUGUUCAUGACAGAAGUUGGGCAUUUUAACAUGGGAGUCUAUGGGAAGUGGCAGUUAGACACGUCUGUGGUGCCUUUGUUCUUCAGCCACAGAAGCUGGUGUUUAAUAGAAAAGUCCAAAGGACACUUUCAUUUCUGUUAAAAAAGUUAUUCUUUUGUACUUUUCAGGGGAAAUACAGCUGAUGUUUUGGCAGGACAGUAACGUAUGCAGUGACCAAAAAUGCAGACAUUCAUAUUCAUUCUCACAGAGCAUUUCGUACUACUAGUGGGUUUUGAAAACCUGCAUGGUUGUAGCAUCCGAUACGUUAACAACGUGCUGCACAUGUGUUGAUGGCACAGCCGGUGGCAGCUGAGACACACCUCGUGGCUUUAACCAAAACCGAGUCAGUCGUUUCUGUCCAGAUUGAUGAUGAGUCGAAACCAAAGGCCAGUUGUGGAUGUGAGCAGUUUAAAAAAACAAAAACAGAAAAACAUGUCUCAUUAGAAAUGAAAUAGUACUUUAGUAUUCUAGAGAAAAAUCCUGUGGAGAGAAUAAAGAGUGAACAAUCACAUCCCUGCUGGUUCUUUAAUCUGUCUGAAAACACACUGAAAGAUGGGAGGAAAGGAAAACUAAGAGACUAGCAAACAUUCCACAAUGCCAUGUCAUAUACUGUACAGCAACCCUGUCUCCUCCUCUUCCCUUUCUCUCCCCCUCCCACACCCCCCUGUCUGUCUCUCAGUAAUCCAGUAAUCACAAUACUACAGUAAUACUUUGGACCUGUUAACACAUUAACUCAUCUUUAUGUAAGUCAGUACGUAAUCCUUAAUAAUAAUCAAAAAAAGAAAAAAAAAUACAAGAAGUGCCGUACAAAUAGAAGCCUAAUAUUUUUUGUUUUUGUUUUGUGUGAGUGUACUGUACACCUGUAUAAUGUAUAUUUUAAUAUUUAUAUGCAGCUGUUGUAUUAAAGUAUAUUUUUAAAAUAAAA